AGCAUCACCGAGCGGACUAACGGAACACACACACCGACAGCUCCGGAUUAUUAACGGGAUCUUUAUCACACCGGCAGGGAAUCCCCGACACCGGCAGAUUGAUCCACCUGACAGCCCGGUGAAGCUCUGCAGCGGGUUUCUAUCUCUGCACUCACACACAGUCUCAGUCACUAUGCUGCUGGAGCGCGAGGACAGCUUCAUGUCGGAGUUUGAGGACGCGUGCAGCGCCUGGGUGGACAGUGUGGGCUCGAGCCCCAGCGACGGGGCCGACUCUGACGUGGGAUCACCUUUCUGCCAAGUCUUCUCUCCGGGCACUGACGCCUCUGACUCAGAUUUCUUCUCCGACUUCAGCGACUGCUCCUCGGACACGCUCUCUCCCUCCCUCGGCUACACCGGCAGCUUCUUCACCGAGCCGGAGGCGGCACCGGCGGCAGCGGGGCUGAGCAGCACCGCGGACGCGAUCCUCAACAUGAUCACAGAGAUCGUCGGGAUCUGCACCGAGAUGGAGCAGCAGGGCGACGCAGGCUCUGUGCACGAGUCCGGCGCAUCAUCUGCGGCGCCCUCCCCGGCCGCAGCCGCCCCCUCGCCCCCUCUCUUCGCUCCUUCUCCACCUCCAUGCGUGGCUCCCAUCUCCGAGCUGAGCAUCCCCCCCCAGCCCCCCGCCUCGGGUUCACACCCUGUGAUGGUCAAGAGCGAGUUUGUGAGCUCCAGCUGCAGCAGCGGGUGUGGACAAUCUUCAGUGGCCGGGAAUGAUGCUCUGUUCCCGGCUAGCGCGGACUCUCUCCUCCCGCUGUCUGCUCUGGAGCAACAGGUGGAUGUGGCUGAAUUCAUCGACUCUCUGCUGAGCUCCGAGGCCGGCCAGGGGGAGCUGAAGGCCGGCUGUGAGGUGAAGCAGGAGCCGCUGGGGCUGGAGGACUGGCUGAAAAGCCUGGCGGCUGCACCGGUUACCGGGGGAGAUUCCGGCAGCUACGUCAUCAGCAGGCCGGUAGUGAAGACGGAGCUCGCGCAGAGCGGGAGCAACCUCCACUUCUCCCCCUCCCCCCUCCCCUCCACCCUGGACGCUCAGCUGCUCUCCUCGCUCCUGCAGGGCGCGUUCCCGAUAGUCAACAUCAGCAACGUGCACGCGUCUGGAGCUCCCAAGCUGUCACGCGGGGGCAGGAGAGCUCCCGCCAAGAACGGCCUGAAAGUGAAACCCUUCCCUUGCUCCGUGCAGGGGUGCGAGCGCCGCUUCUCGCGCUCGGACGAGCUCAACAGGCACGUGCGCAUCCACACGGGACAGAAGCCCUUCCAGUGCACCAUCUGCGCGCGCAGCUUCAGCCGCAGCGACCACCUGACCACGCACACGCGCACGCACACGGGGGAAAAGCCCUUCUCGUGCGACGUGUGCGGCAAGCGCUUCGCGCGCAGCGACGAGAGGAAGAGGCACGGGCGCGUGCACGUCAAGCAGCAGCUGCGCGCGCAGAUGAUGGCCGCCUACUCUCUGGCCCUGAACGCGCCUGGCGUGUAAAGCAGCAGCGCGAGCUCCCGAUCAUUUGGCCUGUGAGGCUGCUGCGGAAGCUUCAGGAUUUGAACCGUCAACCGGAAACCGUCAGAGACGUUUCCAUGUGACGUCACUGAAGGCGAUUUUAGCUGAAGCCUGGAGGACUGAGGUGUUUAAGGUGUUCAGAGGACUCCAGGCUGCUGUCAUGGCGCAUGCGUGAGGUUAGAGUCCACUGCAGGAGGAGGAGGAUGAGGAGGAGGACUCGGAGAGGAAGGUGACUGUGGACACUGACCGUGGACCAGCUGUUUCCCUCCUCACCAUCACGCUGCUGUUUGUUAGAAGCGUGUGGCUCGUGACCGUGGACUGAGGCGCGUGGGAGGACUUUAAAGGAGCAGUCCGUCUGUUUCCACUUCUUCUGCCUGUAACAUAUUUUUGAUCUUCUGCAUGAGGACGUGACGACGCUGAAUGUUGACGUCAGAAUGUGGUGGUUGUUUUUUAUGUCUUUCUAUAUGACGUCACGUCACGAGGAGCUCUAUGUUUGUAUGACAUCUCUAUUUUUCUAAGCUGUCCGUCUACCUCUCUGUGGCGCCAUGUUACAAUCACACCUGUGUGCUCCGAGGCCACGUGUCAUGAUGAUGUCACUUUUAUACACGAGACGAUUGUAAACUUUAUUUAUAAUCUUCAUCCUGAUAAUCAUCAUCCUCAUCAUCACAGCACAGGUGGAGCUGCACCGGUGCAUUGUGGGAUACGUGACUGUGCAGGUUAAUGUUCCCUCGUUCUGCAUGGAGGCUGCUGCUGCUGUCA